CAGCAGGUAACAAUGGUGAGGUCCCUGGCCUUCCAUCUGCUGGACCUCCCUGUGUGCCUGGCCUUGGUCCAGCUGCUCACCCCCUGCUCAGCUCAGUUUGCUGUGAUUGGACCCCCUGUGCCCAUAGUGAUCAUGAUGGGUGAAGAUGCUGAGCUGCCCUGUCAGCUGUCCCCAGAGAUGAGCGCUGAGACCAUGGAGCUGAUGUGGGUGCGAUCCAGCCUCAAGCAGGUGGUGUAUGCAUAUGCACAUGGCAAGGAAGAAAUACAGAUACCAGAGUAUCGAGGGAGAACUUCCAUUUUAAGACAGUACAUCACUGAGGGGAAGAAUGUUCUCUUGAUUCGCAACCUCCGAGCCUCUGACAGCGGAAUCUACGUGUGUUAUUUCCAACAUGGUGAUUUCAAUGCAAAAGCCCAGGUGGAGCUGAAGGUUGCAGCCCUGGGCUCUGAUGUUCACAUUGAAAUGAAGGGUCAUGAAGAUGGAGGGAUCCGUCUGGAGUGCACGUCUGCAGGCUGGUAUCCACAGCCCCAAGUGGAGUGGAGAGAUGACAGGGGACAGAGCUUGCCAGCUGUGGCCUCACCUGUGGCUACAGAUCCCACAGGUCUAUAUGCAGCCACAUCUUCUGUGAUCCUGAAAGAUGGCUCUGGGAAGGAGAUCUCCUGUAUCAUCAGAAAUCCCCUGCUCAGCCAGGAAAAGACAGCCAGGCUUUCCAUUGCAGGUCCCUUCUUCUGGAGAGCGGAGCCCUGGCAGGCAGCCUUUGGGGUCACCUUGCUGGCUCUGCUGGUGGCUGGUUUCUUCCUGUGGCGACAGCAGAAGAGAAUCCAGGCCCUGUGGCAGGAGAAGGAGGCAGAGAAAAGUGCCAAAGAGAAGCUGCAGGAAGAACUUGGUGAGAAGGCUCAGGACUAUGCUGUGUUGAAGACCACCUACCAACCUGCGGAUGUUAUUCUGGACCCGGACACUGCGCACCCCAAUCUCCUUGUUUCUGAGGACCGCAGGAGCCUGCAGUGGACAGACACAGAGCAGAGCCUGCCAGACAACCCCAGAAGGUUUUCUGGGAAUUUCUGUGUGCUGGGCUGUGAGAGUUUCACGACCGGCAGACAUUUCUGGGAGGUGGACGUGGUAGGGAGAACACAGUGGUAUGUUGGGGUGUGUAGAGAGAAUGUGGAGAGAAAAUGUUUAAUUAAAUUAAACCCCGAGAGUGGAUUCUGGAUAGCGGGGAUGUAUAAGGUGAAUGACUGCCAGGCUCUCACGGAGCCCCGGACCCCACUGUCAUUUGGUGACCCUCCUCCUCAAAGAGUUGGGGUUUUCCUGGACUAUGAGAAGGGGGAGGUGUCAUUCUACAAUGCCAUCGAUGGAUCACAUAUCUACACCUUCAAAAACACCUCUUUCUCUGGGCCUCUGUGGCCUGUUUUCAGGAUUUUGCUCUGGGAUCCCACUGCCUUGACCAUUUGCCCAGCCCAAAGAGAAGUAGGGAAUGCCCUUGUGACUGUCCCAGUGCCUGACCCUUCCCUGGAGACCACAGUGGCCUCAGGCUCAGCUGAUGGGAAUGAGGACCCUCAAGCUGAAGUAACGUCUCUGCUUCUCGCUGCCCAGCCUGGAGCCCAGGGCCUCCUUAAGAGCAAAGUGUCACAGUGA